CCCAUAAAUGCACUGCCAAAAUGUGCACAGUGUGCAUGAUGGGAAGGCAAACAGUUCCCAUUUCCUUUUCGUCCAUCGCUAUUUUUCUGUUUUCCUUUCCUCCUGUACCGUACGCACCGCCCAUAUUUUACAACCGACACCGAUCGUGUUGCAUUUUCACCUGCAAUACCCAUCCCAGGCCACGCCGAGACCUGUGACCUGUUGUCGCCGUCAAACAAUCGCAAAAUGCAAUUACAGUUGAGCUAUUGGACGAGCAAGGUGCAACGAUACGGUUGGUGCAGUGAUUGCAGUAUUUUCCCAACACACACGCUUCCUGCGCAGUCGAUCGUGCGGGCGCGAUCAGGACAUACAGGAAGCAUCAUAGCCAGAGUGUAGGUAGCGGCAUUUGCGUUCUUCAUUAACACGCGCUUACUGCAUCGGACGGGUCUGGCGAGUGCUGCCAAGCAAGAUGAAAGUCCUACGGAAGCCGUGCGCGGAUGCCAAUCAGAACAUAUUGGGUCUGUCCGCCCGUUGUGCCAUGAAGGAGAAAAGCAAAAAUGCGGCCCGUUCGCGGCGAGAGAAAGAAAAUGUGGAAUUUUUGGAGCUUGCCAAACUGUUACCACUACCCAGUGCCAUCACAUCCCAGCUGGAUAAAGCGUCAAUCAUACGACUCACCACCUCGUACCUGAAAAUGCGACAAAUCUUCCCUGAAGGACUAGGGACAGCAUGGGGGACAGACCGCAACCAUCAGCCGAAUGGCCGUGCCGCGAAUAUCAAGGAGCUCGGUUCACAUCUGCUACAGACACUGGAUGGUUUCAUUUUUGUCGUUGCGCCCGACGGAAAGAUCACGUACAUCUCCGAAACAGCAUCCGUGCAUCUUGGGCUCAGCCAGGUGGAGCUUACUGGCAACUCGAUAUAUGAGUACAUUCAUGCGUACGAUCAGGAAGAAAUGGCAUCGAUUUUAGCGCUACAGCAACCACAUCAUCCUUUGGCGUGCAGUGCGCCACACAAUCUUCCCACAAGUUCUACGUCCCUGAAUUCACCAAACUCACUUGGAACUCCUUGGACUGGGACAUUUCAAGUUGGGUCGUCAGCCACGGACUCUGGUUACAAUGAAGCUUCUUCCGAGGCACCCGUUACACUUGCCUCUUGCCAACAGCAGCAGCAUCAGCAGCAGCAGCAGCAGCAGCAACAGAACCACCAGUACUAUGUGCCUUCUAUACCGCAAGCUGUAAAGUGCGAAUCCACGCAAAUACAUUGCCAGCAGAAUCAUCAUCAACCGAACCAUCGGCACAGCUACAGCCAACACCAGCGAUCGUACGUUGUCGACAUGGAGCGCAACUUCUUCCUGCGAAUGCGAUGCGUUUUGGCAAAACGCAAUGCAGGACUCACCUCAUCCGGUUAUAAGGUUAUUCACUGUUCUGGCUACUUGAAAGCGCGUGUCUUUCCCCACGAAUCACUCAACACACCCGGGUACUGUUGUGUGCAAAAUCUUGGUCUAGAGGCCGUUGGUCACUCGCUGUCUCCGUCAGCGGCCACGGAAGUGAAAUUGCAACAAAACAUGUUCAUGUUCCGCGCAAGUUUGGAUAUGAAACUGAUUUAUCUGGAUGCAAAAGUUUCACAACUCACAGGAUACGAGCCCCAGGAUCUAAUCGAAAACACGCUAUACCAGUACAUCCACGCCUCGGACGUUGUCCAAGUAAGGCAAACCCAUCAGACGCUUUUACAAAAAGGUCAAGCCACUACCAUGUACUAUCGCUUUCUCACCAAAGCAGGAGGAUGGCGAUGGGUGCAAUCACAUGCCACGAUUGUACACAACACGCGUUCUUCGCGACCGCACUGUAUCGUUAGCGUCAACUAUGUUCUGAGUGAUUUUGAAGCGCAAAAUCUUCAGCUGAACGAAAGUCAGGGCGCUAAAUCAUCGCUACGAUCGAGUUUUGAAAUGUUUAAUUUCACGCCAACAACUCAUCACCAUUCAGCUGCAUCUGAAGAAUGUAUGUCGGCGAAGGCUUUCAACGGGAAUCAGCAGCUGUCCACCCAUGAGGAAUCUCUUGCCUUUAACCUGCCACCCGAACCAUUAGCCCCCAGUAUUGAGCCCUGUAAAGAGAUUGACAAUUUCCUCAAUUUUCAUCAUACGCUCAAAUCGAACGAAAGUACUUCGAUCGCUGAGCUGAACGGUAGUGGAAAUGAUGAUUCCUUUCUGCCCAACGAUUUGUGCUACGAUCAGUCGUCACAGUUUACAACUCAGACACAGCUCAGCUACCCGUUCGAGGACGCACAGUCCUUCACUUCGGGCGAGUUUCUGGAUCCCUUUUACGAGCAGCUGUACUCAACGUACGAGACGCAUCCCCCGGAUCGGGAUUUAAUUUUGCGCUCCUGCUCUGUUAGUACGAGCGGCUCGGACACAACGUAGUUGGAACGAGAAGAGACAUUUCGAUGAGAGUAUUCAUAUUAAUCCAGUGAUGAUGAAAAUUACCACACGCCAGUGCGAUCUUCCUGCUGCUUCUGUUUCUUUAGUUUGGGAAGAACUGAUCAGCAACGAUCAUUUAAGUUUAGAAGAAAAAAAUGUAGAAAUAUUAUUCGAACUGUGUUUUUAAUUUUAAACAUAUUUUUUAACACAUCAUUGAUUGCACUGCUGUAAGAAAAUCUUAAAAUAAAUCGAUUGUACUAAAAAUAAUAAA